CUCCGUCUGCUACUCACCCUGCCCACACCACCUGCCCCUCCGCCCGUCUGUCCGUCCGUCUGUCCGUCUCUCCGCGCACCACUCCCACCAUGCUCUCCUCCGUUGCGCCCUGACUACCGCACACCGACUCCGCGAACCUCCACUACCCGGCCAGAGAGCUCUCAACAGCGGCAUCCAGCCUUCCAAAAAGCCCCGGUGGUACGGAGUGUCCAUUUGGAGGGAUGUUGUGCACUGCAGCAGACAUGAAGGGCCUGCAUCGCCUUAUUCUACUGGCUCUUGUGUGCAGCAGCAGCGAUGCCUUCAGACUGGACUCCUCUCCACGGAUCAUCCCCCUCAGCUUUGCCGGAUCAGGCCUGGACCAGGACCAAGACCAGACCUAUCCCUACUUCGUCCAGGAGUUAGUCCGAGCCCGGCGGCAGGUGGCUCAGGAGUUAGUCAGAGCCCAGCCUCAUUUGGUCCAUGACAUGGGCUGGCCCGAAAUACACGAGACCACAAGAACUGGGGUUAAACCUGAGACAAGUAACCAUACAGAGGAAAAAGGGACCCAUCAGAACGCGCCACAUCACAGAAUCUUAGAUGAUAACCUGGGUGUGAAAGAUGAAAUGGAGAGAAUGGUCCAUCUCGCUGUGCCGCAAGAUCCAGAAGACUACCAGGGACCAUCUGAUCCUGCUGACCCAGAGUCAGAGCUCACUGCUGGGCCAGGAGCCGGCGACACCUCCCUAGAGGCUUCAGGAUUCUACGGAACAGACACAGAGGACAGGACAGGAGAUGAAGGAGGAGAAGAGGGAGGAGAGGAGAGAGAGAGGAGAGGGGGAGAGGAGUGGGAUAGAGAGGCAGCAAAGGAUGAAAAGACCAGAGCAGCAGAGGAGAGGGCAGAGGAACAUGAGGUCCACUUUUUGGAUGAUCUGGAGGUCAACCAUACAUCACCAGACCUGGAUAGUCUUAUUGGCUACAGCUCCUCCCUCCAGGACGUCCAGCAUGAGCCAAGCAUCUCCAACUUGGACCAGGAGCACGACUCUGGGCUUCAGGAGCACCGUGCCUCCCCUGUUCUAGAGGUGUCACAGUUGGAUAAAGUAGGGUGGGAGACAGAGGACAGCCAGUCCAGUGGAUAUGGAAGUCUGCACUCCUCCUCUGCAGCGGCUAAUGUCCUCUCCAGCUCGUCCCCUCCACCUGUAGACCAGAGCACAGGGACACCUGCUCCAGAGACAGACACAGGGACAGACUUCGGCCUGCUGGUCCCCUACGGCAAAGAUGUUGAGGAUGAGGCAGAGACAGAGCAUGAGAAGGAGCUCCAGGAGGACACAGGACUGCCCCUCACAGGAGUGUCCACACUGGACCCCACUCCCCCAGGACUGGCCCCUGCCCCGAGCAGAGGGCCACUUCCACCUAGUGUGCAACACGAGGAGAGAGAGGGGCCAGGCCAGUUUAAAGGAGACAGUCAAGCUAAUGAGAAAGUCCGAGCCAUUAUCCCGCUAACCAUCGAGCCCACACCAACUGUCGGCUUCACCGAACCGUCCUGGGAUUGGCUGGAAAACACAUCACCCCCUCCAGGCCAGAGUUCAGAGCUUGCAAGAGGCGGAGUCACCGAGGUCGUGGUUUCUAACAGAGAUUUUGGAGAAAUUGGACCAGAGCAACAGGUCGUGUGCAUUGACUGGACAGAGCUGGCUGGACGAGGCUAUGUGGUCCUCAAUAUGACCAAGAACCUCAACUGUGAGGAGUUUCGUGCAGAAAAAGGAGUGCGUCUGUUGAGGAUCCUGGAGAGAGUGUUUGCUCGCAGGAUGAAUAGCCCUGAAGGAUCAUGGGUACUCUACCUGAGCAAGCCCGUGCACCAGCAACGCCAGCUGCUCAUGAACGUGGCUUCAGAGCAGGGAGUGAUAGCCACCAAAGAUGUGCUGGACAUGUUGGGAGAGAUCAGGAAAAGCUUAGACAAGGUGGGUAUCCAGAACUACAGCUCUGCCUCCAGCUGUCAGGCCCGUCCCAGCCAGACUCGGAGCGAUUACGGCAAACUUUUUGUGGUUCUGGUGAUCAUUGGCUCUGUGUGCACCAUCAUAAUCACAUCUGGCUUCAUCUACAUCUGUUGGCAGCGACGCCUGCCUGCCAAGACCACUUUCAGAGCUGAGGAACUUCACUUUGUCGAGAAUGCUUGCCACGAUAACCCCACUCUGGAUGUGACCAACGACAACCAGGGUGAAAUGCAGGAGAAGAAACCCAGCGCUAACGGACUACAGCAGGGCUCAGGGGGCGGGACUACGGCAGGAGGAGGCGGGGCCGAGCGAGGAGAGGGGGCAGAGGAAGGACGGCGCUGGCAGGUGUUUGUGAAUCAGGCAGCGACCGAGGAGGAAGAGGAGGAGCAGGACACACAUCUCUGAAACUAAACACAUCGUAUAAGACCAAGAAAUGUACUGAGACGAAGGGAGAAAAGAUACUAGAAGAGGUGCCAAUACGAAAACGUGAAUCAUUUAUUUUGUAGUGAAAAAAGAAAGUAAGAAGUAACUGGGAGAACUUGAAUGUUUAAAUGCCUGAAUGGCAUUUGUCUUGACCAAUCAGAGAAGGGGGAAGCCAUGGCUAUUUUAAGGAUCAAACAGUGUACAACGGGUUACCAUAAAUGUCCGCAUGAAGAAUACAACACUUAUAGUUUAGUGUGCCUUAGAAAAAAAAUAUAUGGCUGCAAUGUGUCUGUAUACAAUAUACUGGGCUAAUUCACUUGAGCACUUGCAAUGUUUUUAUU